GAGAAAAUGGCUGAUGUUGAAUGACACACGCCGUGUUUUAUCCAGAACAUCUUCCUAAAUAACACAUUCCUCGCUGUAACAGAGCUCUGAUAGUUUGCGAUGCACGAGUGUUUGAUGUAAACGAUGUUUGUUUGAGUCGCGGAGGCAGACGCUCGUGUUCUUCAGUGUUUUCUCUCUAACGCCUGUUUUUAACAUCUCAUCAUGGCCUCAGUCGCAGCCAAACGCGAGGGUCCGCAGUUCAUUAGCGAGGUGUCGGUGCGGGGGAACGGGGCGGUGCUCGACUACUGCCGCACCUCGGUGUCCGCGCUGUCCGGGGCCACCGCGGGCAUCCUCGGCCUGACGGGACUCUACGGCUUCGUCUUUUACUUCCUCGCUUCUUUCCUGCUGUCGCUGCUCCUCAUCCUCAAAGCUGGUCGACGGUGGAACAAGUGCUUCAAGUCUCGCCGUCUGCUGUUCACCGGGGGCCUCGUCGGAGGCCUGUUCACCUACGUGCUGUUCUGGACGUUCCUGUACGGGAUGGUGCAUGUGUACUGAAGCUACUCGGACUAGAUGUAGGACAGUAACACGAUAGAGAGGCCUCUGGGUGGUGGAGAGUGCUGACUGACCUUGUUUUUUAUCUUAUGUUUAGGCAUAGAAAUAUUUUCUCAGUACUAAUUGCACUGAAGGUUUGACGAUGUGAGAUGUCGGAUGGUUUCCUCUUGUAGGUUUAGUGUUUUCCUUACGGGACAGGGCUGGUUUGGAUGUAGUGUAGGCCAACAAGACUAAUGUGUUUUCAGCUUGCUCUCUGUGUAAGAUCCGGGUAACAAGUCAGAGCUGUGUAAAAAAAAUCCACGUCCACUUUAAAUCUGUACAAAUCACAUGGUUUUAAUUUAUAUCCAUUGAGGAAAAUAAAUGAUUAACCUCA